AUGAGUGCCGAGGUCGAUACAAACAUCCCGAAGGAGAAUGUCCCAGAGGAGGUUGUUGAAGCAAAAACUACAACUACAACUACAACCAUGGAGCCAGAACCAUUGAUCGUCGAGGACCUAAAAUCCACAACAAUAGAGUCAACACCGGUAAAGAUUGGAGAUCCAACGUCAAAUGAACAAAUAGCGCGUGAAGAACCAAAACCUACAAUUACGGAGCCAUCAACAACUAAAUCAGUGGCCGCAGAACCCACUACGGAACAACACCAAGAGACGGCCGUCAAGCUAGAAUCUGUUAAAGAAGCCGAUGCGGAAGCUGCCGCCAGAGUAGAAUCUACAGAAGAUGCCGAUGGGGAGAAAGCGCUCUCAACCUCCCAACCCUCAGUCUCGUUCGACAAGACUACUAAAACACAUGAUGGCUCCCCCUUGUCUAAAUUCUUCUCAGAAUUGCCGGAAAUCCUCAAAGUAGCUGGGCACAAUGAGAUGUGGGGCAUUAUACUUGAUCCAUCGGAAGAUCACGUUCAAACAAGUAUAGUACUCGAGAAAUUCUUGCGAGCGAACACAAAAGAUGUUACUAAAGCCAAAGCUCAAUUGACCGAGGCUCUAAAGUGGCGAAAGGCUAUGCAACCACAAAAGCUCUUGGUGGAUACUGAGUUUGAUAAAGUCAAGUUCGGUAAAUUGGGAUAUGUAACGUCCUAUCCUACUAGCGAAGGCGGCAAAGAAGUCAUCACAUGGAACAUCUACGGGGCAGUGAAGGAUACCAAGAAGACUUUCAGUGACGUGCCUGAAUUUCUGAGAUGGAGAGCAGCUCUUAUGGAACUGUCCAUCAGAGAGUUAGAUCUUGCCUCAGCAACAGAAAAGAUUCCCGAAAACGGUCCUGAUCCAUAUCGUAUGAUCCAGGUCCACGAUUAUCUCAAUGUCAGUUUCCUACGAAUGGACCCAGGUAUCCGUGCUGCAUCCAAAGAGACAAUCCAGACAUUCAGCAUGGCCUAUCCUGAGCUAUUGAAAGAAAAGUUCUUCGUAAAUGUUCCCAUGGUCAUGGGUUGGGUAUUCACAGCUAUGAAGAUCUUUUUGAGCGCCGACACGAUCAAAAAAUUCCAUCCUCUCAGCUAUGGUUCCGAUCUUGGUGCUGAAAUUCCUGGUAUUGCCGAGAAGUUGCCCAAGGAAUACGGAGGAAAGGGUGAAGAAUUGGAAAGUGGUUUUACAGUUAAAUACUCUGGGGAUGAUGUUCCAAAGUCUGACUAG